GUCUUCCCGGGCGCCGUCCACCCCGAGGCGCCCCCAGACCCCGAACGAACCGCCGAAGCCUUCCUGUCCACCAAAAAGAAGUACAAGCCCGUCGCUAGGAAAGUGAGGCCUGUCCUAGGAUCCACCCCCGAGCAGUUCCGCGUGGAGCGCAACAUCACCGGGGACCCCUUGGCGGACAUGCCUGAGCUACCGACGAACCCGACGGACUUCGUCCCGACUGGCCGCUACACGGCUGAGCGACAAGAGGCGUUCGACAAGGCGCAUUCCGAGGACUUCCUAUGGCCAGAGGAA